AUGGACACAAAAUCUCGGAGCAAAUCCAACCUGAAGAGGCUUACCGUUUAUAAAAACCAGCCAAAGGAAAGAGGAAUCCAAGUUACUAAAGAAAUAAGUAUUGACCAAGAGUUGUCGGCUGCAUACAAGUUUCUCUAUAAGGGGAUUUGUAAGUUUGAAGGAUCCAAAUCUGGAGUGUCCAAAACGAACUUUCUUAGAAUAUGGUUGCUCCCUUUUCUACGAAACACGAGCGUGGACUCCAACAUACUUAUAGGAAAGAUUCCUCUCUCAGUGAUGGACUAUGGCUUUAGAAUUCUUCUACAAUGGUGGGAGAUAUUACUGAACAUUCUAACUAAUUCAUCUCAGCCUUCACAGAAACCAGCAUCUGCAUUAAAGUCGUCUGAUAUACCGCUUAUCCUGGAAUGCAUAUCUCGUAUUAUUUCAAGACCCGAAUGGUUUAAUAUUACACAACAAGGGAAUGAAAACUACACCAAGUACCAGGAUUAUCUUGCCAAAACUUUGGAAUACUGCAUAUUCAGACUGAAUUCAACGACAAAAAAGUGCUCACUACAAGUUAAUGGAAUGAUAGGGAAGGUUUUUGCCUACAGUUUUUUUCAUCUAGACAAUGUUUCGAACGCUCUCUUAUUCAUAUUCAAUAUUCGAAAUAGCAGAUAUUUCCGAAUGGGCAAAUUCCAUAACAGGCCAAGUCAAAAGGCCGAAAAUGAAUGUGCUGCUACGAACCCUUUCCCUCAAUUUCUUCCCGCUUCAAAGCUAUAUGAUUUUAAAGGAAGAACAGUCAAAGAAAAGAUUAAUUCUCAGCAGAAUAAACAUUUAAACUCAAUGGAGCCUCCUGUAGGUAAGGUUCCUGGGAUAUUGGAACCCAGGGGGGUUUGGGUGACUCGAUGGGUCAAUGUUGACACGAACAUUGAUGUUUUUAAUUCAUUUCUUUUCCAUUACCUAAAGAUUGUCAACGGAUAUAUUUGUCAUUCUGGAAUAUCUGAAUACGACAUUCUCAAAUUUCCAGGCUUUAUCCAUAUUUUGUGCCAUGUUGAAGAGAUCAUCGACCAUGCUUUUGAAUGUAGAUCGGCAUUCAAGAAGCACAGUUCCUCCAAUAACAAUAUUAACUAUAGUUCGAACAACAUAUUAUCAAUGGUCAAUAGCUUCAAUUAUGAGCUACCAGCUCCAAUUAUGAAGCUGUUCAAGACUUUUCGAUACCUGUCCUAUGAUAAAGAGAGUUUCGACGUGGCAUUAAUUGACAUAUUUCUCUCAAAGAUAGAUCGAACGUUAGUGAAAAUGGCAUCCUUUAUUUCAUGCUAUGAUUACUAUCAGAGUUGUGUGGUAUUAGACUUGUUUUAUCAAUUGGUUCUCCAUGUCGACAACUCUGCUACCACAUGUAUUGAUUGGAGUUUUUGGCUGGAUGCACUCUUUCGAUUGUUAACAGAUACGUUGAACAUCAUUUGUGAAUUAAAGGCUUUGUCAAUAUUGUUCAACAUCUGGAGUUUCAUUCCCCUUCUUGAAGAACCGAUCAAAAGUGAAACCAUAUGGAUAAGGAGCCCUGAGAAGGGAUAUAGGUGGAACUCAAGUUAUUACCUAUUAAGCCAUUGGGAUAAAUUUUUCAACCAUUGGCAACCUUUAUUACGUUGCUAUUACCAGCAUCUAAUUAUAUGGAAGGUAAUUGGCGUUCUCUCCUUUAAGAGCUAUAGACAUGACGAAAUCAAAUCCUUAGUGACCAAAAAACUGAAGAGGUCUCAUUCAAUCGCACUAAGAAUGGCAGAACUCGUACCUGAAUUGGAAGUGAAACCUUCGACCCCAUUAUUAAACCAUAGAUUAACAAUCGCUAGUAAUAAUGGCUGUAAGAAGAACAAUGGUGGGUAUAACUUUCAAUCACUAUUAUCAAGUGAAGAUUUGACGAUGGCCACCACUGCUAACGCUUCUCCGAAUGUCGACGAUGACCUUGCCAUAGACAAGAAAACGAACUACCCAUUCGAAGUUUUUGACGAUAGUGUUUACACUUGGGCUGGAGUCCCCAUUGUUGUUCCAAAAUCCUCAAACAAGAUUUCUAAGCACUCGUCAUCUGCAACACUUUCCACCAUUCAAGAUACAGACGAGGCACCGAAGUCCCCGUCAUCAAGUGGGAGUUCUUUUGUGCAUUCUUUGGAGUCGGCGUUGAAGUUUUUCAAGAACAAGUCCGACUCCGCUACCAAUUCUCCAACAGGCUCUCCCAAAACACAGUCCGUCCCUGGGUCUGAGGCUACUACGCCGAAGGAGUCGCUUGGAACUUGUGUGGCUCGAAAGAAAUUCUCAUCGUCUUUGUCAUUGUCGUCUCUCAAGUCAGCGUUUGAUUCGCCCACGUCUUCAGUGGUUAAUGUGUCUCUGGAUGAUGAAUCCAGUAACUUCGACAUAAAAAGUGUUUCCAGUGACAAAUCAGGAUUAAGCAUGUUUGAUGAUACAUUUGGAGGAGUUUUAGGGUUGACAAGUGAUUCGCAGCCAAGAGAAUUCAAGAUAAUGCUGAACAUUCCAAAGGUGAUUAAGCCUUUAUAUAAAUUUCAGCUCAUCCCUGUAGAUUCACAAAUGAAUAAACAUUUGAGAUUAAUGGGGCCCAAAUCAAGAAUUCUAGAGGAGCGAUCAAUUAUCACAGUACCACGUUUACCACGUUUGAGCAGCUCGAUCUACAGAGAAAAUAGUGGAAUAGGCCUCAUAUAUUCUUCAUCGAGUGAUUCAGGCGCAUCAGUUUCAGAUUCAGAAUCUCUGUAUUUAAGCAUGGCCGACGGCAAAUACAAAGAAAAGAAGUAUUGCACACCUUUAAGUUCACCUUCGCUAGAUACAAAUGCAUCUGAGUCAGGGAAGACAAAAACUGAUAAACUAUUUCAAAAUCAACACCACCAUUUGGUCCAAAAAUGGGGAACCAUAGGUAAGAGCUUGAACGAAUGGGAUUCUUUUGUGAAAGAGUAUGAAACAUUUUGCAACGAAAAGCAAUUACAAUUGGAGCUGGGGGAUAUGAAUGUGGGUAUGCUCAAUAGUGGGACGACAUUUUCACAGACUGGUGUUCGAAGAUAUGAGCAUAAUCCAGACAACGUGCAUGCUGAGAUGGAGCUCUUGAUUCCGUAUUUACCAGCAGAAUCUCCCAAUAAAAUGAAUGCCAAUUAA